GAGACAAAGGCAGCAGGAAGCCUCUCCGGCGGCCCGGAGCCUAGGGCGCCCGGCCUCCCUGCCAGCCCGCCCGCCCCCACCCGACCUCUUCCCGGCCUGGCGGCGGCGGCGGCCGCCGGAGGCAGAGGCGGCAGCGGCAGGAGGAAGAGGAGGAGGAGGAAGAGCAGGAUGCAGCAGGGGGCGUGGGAGCGGCGGCGGCGGAGCGGCGGCAGCAGCCUCGCUCCCCGAGCCCAGCGGGGCUAGAGCUACAGCGGCGGGGCCCUGCGGAGCCGGGCGGGGCCGCGUGAGUGCGAGCGAGCGAGAGAACGAGCGAGCCCGCAGCCCGGCAUGUGAGCGCGAAGCCGCGGGAGGACGGGGGCAGGCAGGCGGGCAGGGCAGGGCAGGGCCGGCGAGGCAGGAAGGACGGACCCGGAGGAGGAGCGACUUUGGCGGCUUUGGCGGCGGCGCGGAGCCGGAAGGCCGGGAGAGCUGGGGGGGAUCUCGGGCCCGCGGCGGCGGCGGCGGCGGCGCCGGCGGCGGUGAGCGGGGCUCGGCCCCUCCUCGGGCCGGGGGCGGCUGGGGCCCGGGCCCGCGCCUCCUCCCCCCCGGCGCCCGUAGAGGGGGGAGGAGGAAGAUGGAGACCCACAUCUCGUGCCUGUUCCCGGAGCUGCUGGCCAUGAUCUUCAGCUACCUGGACGUCCGGGACAAGGGGCGCGCGGCGCAGGUGUGCACGGCCUGGCGGGACGCCGCCUACCACAAGUCGGUGUGGCGGGGGGUGGAGGCCAAGCUGCACCUGCGCCGCGCCAACCCGUCCCUGUUCCCCAGCCUGCAGGCCCGCGGCAUCCGGCGGGUGCAGAUCCUCAGCCUGCGCCGCAGCCUCAGCUACGUGAUCCAGGGCAUGGCCAACAUCGAGAGCCUGAACCUGAGCGGCUGCUACAACCUCACGGACAACGGGCUGGGCCACGCGUUCGUGCAGGAGAUCGGCUCCCUGCGGGCCCUCAACCUGAGCCUGUGCAAGCAGAUCACCGACAGCAGCCUGGGCCGCAUCGCCCAGUACCUCAAGGGCCUCGAGGUACUGGAGCUGGGCGGCUGCAGUAACAUCACCAACACGGGCCUGCUGCUCAUCGCUUGGGGGCUGCAGCGCCUCAAGAGCCUCAACCUGCGCAGCUGCCGCCACCUCUCGGACGUGGGCAUCGGGCACCUGGCGGGCAUGACCCGCAGCGCGGCCGAGGGCUGCCUGGGCUUGGAGCAGCUCACUCUGCAGGACUGCCAGAAACUUACCGACCUGUCCCUCAAGCACAUCUCCAGAGGCCUGACCGGCCUGAGGCUGCUGAACCUCAGCUUCUGCGGGGGCAUCUCCGACGCCGGCCUCCUGCACCUGUCCCACAUGGGGAGCCUGCGGAGCCUCAACCUGCGUUCCUGUGAUAACAUCAGCGACACUGGCAUCAUGCACCUGGCCAUGGGCAGCCUGCGCCUCUCUGGGCUGGACGUGUCUUUCUGUGACAAAGUGGGUGACCAGAGCUUAGCCUAUAUUGCCCAGGGACUGGAUGGCCUCAAGUCCCUUUCCCUCUGCUCCUGCCACAUCAGUGAUGAUGGCAUCAAUCGUAUGGUCCGGCAGAUGCACGGGCUACGCACCCUCAACAUUGGGCAGUGUGUUCGAAUCACUGACAAGGGCCUGGAGCUGAUUGCUGAACAUCUCAGCCAGCUCACUGGUAUUGACCUCUAUGGCUGCACUCGAAUUACCAAACGGGGACUAGAGCGAAUUACUCAGCUGCCCUGCCUCAAGGUGCUCAACCUGGGACUCUGGCAGAUGACUGAGAGUGAGAAGGUCAGAGAGACUACUCCUAUACCUUAGCAGGGUGUGGAGGUGAUCCUGUCUUCUCAAAGUCUGUGCCUGCCAUUGUCCAAGUACCAGUAUAGCUAAGUUGAGAAGGUCAUCACAACGUUGGACUCAGCAACUUCUGAAGACCAAUCUGUGUCACCAGGAGGAGCCACACUAAUGAAGUCACAGUUCCUUCUGGUCUUGAAGAAGGAGUAUGUCUUACAUUCUCAUUUUCAAAUACUGAUCUUAAUAAUUUGGUUCCGAAAAGCUAACUCUUCCAGGUAAUGGACAAGAAAAGUAUAAUUAAAGACCUCGUGCAUGUGGCAUUAUUAUGUAUUGUUUUCAGCCACACUGAAAGAGUUCAUAAUAUCGAAUUUUGCAUUGAAAGAGUCCUUAGGAACCAUUUAAUCCAAACCCUUCAUUUUACAGAAACAGGCCCAGAGAAAUGAAGACACAAGGAGUAAGCUAGCACAGUGAACUGAUUCCAAAUUCAGGCCUCUCUCCAUUACACCACAUUUAUAUAGUGUUUGUUAAAGCAUUUUCACAUCAAUUAUUUCAGAUGGAUUCUUCCAUCUAGAAGAUGCAGCCUAGCAUAACGGAUACAGAGCACUAGCCUUAGAGCUAGGAAGUCCCGAGUUCAGGUCUUACCUUGGACAUAUUCUGGUUGUGUGAAAGUGCUCUAGGGAAGUCUCCCACACUAUAAGUUUCAGAGAAAGUGCUGAACUGCAUUGGUAAAGGGGUCUUCUCACCUGGGAGUUCCCUGGACCAAUGUAAUCACAAGUCUAGUCUCCCUAUCAUCUCCCCCUCACCUCCACCCCGUUUCUUCCAAAAGAAAUCAUAUACACUUUCUUCCCCUAAUAAAUAAGCUGAAAGGUCUUUUUCUUUCUAUAAUUUGGCUUAAAGGACAAAUCCUGCAAACACAUUUUUAUUUGUGGAGGAAAGCAGUGGUUCUAAACCACAAAGGGCAGAAGAAAAUUAUUUCAGCUGUAAAGAAACUGGAAUAACAAGACCAAGUGGAAUGAAUCUGUAUCCCUGAAUAUGAUUUACCUGCAGAUUCCUCUAAGCUUCUCAAAGAGUUGUGUCUUGGGUUUUGUUUCACAAAUAGGAUGUGUGGUAGCAAAUAUUUCUGGCACUUUUAUAGACAAGACAAGUGAUGCAUGAAAGGGUUAAGGAAUUUUGCCUGGGCUGAUUAGUCCUAUCAGAACUUCUGUUCCAGACCUUGCUCUAAUAACCACAUCAGAAGAAUAGCAUCCAAGGUGCAGGCAGUUCUUUGAUCCAGCUCUCCUUUACUGCUUGGCUGCCACCUUUUACCCAUCUCCUCAAAAUGGUACUUACUAAUGGCUGACAUUUACAUAGUGCUCAAAAGCCUACCCCGAAUUCAUUUGAUCCUCUCAACAAUCCUGCGAAGUAGCUGCCUCUGGUAUUAUCCCCAUUUCACAGAUGAAAGAACAACUACAUCAUAUUACCUUUUCUUUGUGACAGAAAAAGCCAUUGCUGAAAACUUUACUAUUUAGUAUUCUUCAAGCAGCAGACUAUCUUAGAUAUGUAUGGUCCUCCUCCAUUGCAUACAGACGACUUCGGGAGAUUCUAAGAACCCAGAGAGAGUAGGCAAAUGGAAGAUGGGACUGUUGGUACCCUCUAGUGUCAAAUCUGUCACCAGCUGUCUUAAGAGAAUUUAGGCCAAUACUAACUCCUCCCUCCCCUCCCUUCCCUUCCCCACCCCCACCCCCAUCUCCAUUUGGAGAGGAAUCUUCUGGAACUCUGUACUUAAGAUAACCACAAAACUAGCAUCCUGUGCAUGCUUAAUUUCCUCUGAGAGACCAGGAAGCAUCCCGGAAUAUUUGUGAUUCUUCCAUGAAACAGAAUCAAGUUGAAGAAGUACCAGCUAUGUAGUCUCUUCCAACAAACAUGUAAAAUACUUGGACUUUUAAAAGAUACUCUCCUGUUGCCAAUCCUUCUUUUCAAAGAAAAUUUGUAAGAAUUGAACAGGAACUGCAUAGCACUUUCUGCAUACCAUCCUUCUACUUUCAUGCUCCCAUAGAAGCUCUGGGUCUACUCUAGCACAAAUGGUAAUUGUGUAAUUGCUACCUAGAUGAAAAAGACAUGAUGCCAGAUUUGUUCUCUGAGUUGAUAGUGCUUGGAGGAAAAAAAAUUUUUUCAUGAUUUUUAGUACAGUAAUACUUCCCCAAGAUAGCUUCCUAAAUUACCUAACAGCAUGCAAAGCAAUUAUUUCCUAUAUACAAGAGAUGCAAGAAGACAUAAUUAAGAUGAAAUUCCAAUACUGGUAUCUCCAUUCCUCCCCUUCUUCCUUAGGAAAUAAAAUUCCACAUCUCUAUUUCCUACCAUACUUCUCUCUUUAGGAAAUCUUGCUCCAAAACAGGUAUUAAACUGCAGAGUAGAUAACUUCCUCUCUCUUUCUCCCAGACCUAACAAGAGUGUCAGGGUAAGAUUUUUUCUGAGUGAGGGAGAAAAAAAAAACCCAAAAUUAGUUCUCAUAUUAAAAAAAAUUUACUAAACCAAGAAAUUUACUGAUGAGUGAGAUAAAGGAGAACCUACAACAGUGCUAAAUUCUCUCAAAUAAAUUUUCAAGAAUCUUAGAUGAAAAGUGCCUUUCCAAAUCCAUUACCAGCAUUUCAACCAUUAAUUUCCCAAAGGUUGCAAACUUGUUUGUUAGCAAUUAAUAACUUUAAUAUAGCCUAGACAAUCCAAUUAACUUGCUUUAAGCAAACUUAGUAUGAAAAUCUAGAGGUACACAGAUAAAUCGGGGUACAGAUACUUGCUUUAAAAGGAUUCAUUAUUCUUUGUCUUAAACAGCUAAACCUGUCUAGAAAAUUUGAGCUAUGAUGAUAUACACAAAACCUUUUAGGAACACACUUACUACUACAACUACCAUGAUGAUUAUCCAUUAAAACACGCCUUGCUUUAGAUAACAUUUUUAUCCAACAGAAGAAUAGUCAUUAUGUGUGACUUUAUCAGGCUCUCUUGCUGCUACAUUUAGAGCAGGAGUUAUCAAUUUGUGUCAUAGACCCCUCUGGCAAUCUGGUUUGGCAGCUUAUGGACCCCUUCUCAGAAUAGUGUUUUUAAA